AACAAAAUAUAGAAUAGAGGCAAGUACGAGUUGUUUAUUUAAUUCGAGGUGGUGGUUUGGGGCAUAGGGUUUCCCGUUCGUCCACUUUGCCGUCUUCAACGCGACUGUCUUCCGUUUCGGAAUGGCACUUUAGAAACCGAAUGUCCGUCCUUUGUUCGUCCUCGGAAAUUUAGGAACUUCUUCACUCCACUAAAAGAGGUUUUUUGUGGCCUAUCCAAUUUGUUCAGUCCAAUCGAAACAAUUCUUGGAUGCCUAAAUUAGAAAAACUACAAACAAGACGGCCUGGUUCUUUAUCUGUGGCUGAGACUCUUGCUAAAUGGAAAGAUUACAAUGAUCACCUUGAUUCAUGUACUGAUGAGCCAAAACUUACUCGUAGAGUUCCAGCCAAGGGAUCGAAGAAGGGCUGCAUGAAAGGUAAGGGAGGGCCAGAGAAUAUGCGAUGUAAUUACAGAGGAGUUAGGCAAAGGACAUGGGGGAAGUGGGUUGCAGAAAUUCGAGCACCGAAUAGAGGAAGUCGGCUCUGGUUGGGUACAUUUCCAACUGCGAUUGAUGCUGCACUUGCUUAUGAUGAAGCUGCAAGGGCCAUGUAUGGCACUUUAGCUCGCCUCAAUUUUCCCAAUGUCUCAAUUCCAACCUUGCUAAAAGGAAAAGAAUUAUCAAGGAAGGAUUCUCGUGAUGAAAUCAAAAGGCCUUCACUCUCUUUUUUAGGAUCAACUUCACUUAGUCUGAGUUCUGAAUCAACAAUAACAUCAGAUCUGUCUGAGGAUUGUGCAGUUGAAGAUGUCUAGCCAGCUAUAACCUUUGAUCAUUGUAAAGUUUGUGAAUUGGGGAAUCGAAACCAGGGACCGAUUUUUUAAAAAAAUUAAUGUAAUUGCCCUUCUGUGCACGAAUCUGGAAAUAGGGUUGAUUGUAAUAUUAUUUUUCCUUGUUUAUCACAAGUACAAUAGAUGAAAUUCACUGGAAAUUUUCUAAUUGAAACAUUCUUCGUGAGAGGUUAGAUGUAUUCAAGUAUAGUUUGAAAUCUGUUACA